CAAAAAAAUCUAUACCGACACCAAACAAACAUUACAUCUGUGUUUGAUUUUCUCUUUUAUUUUCCAGGCAACCAAACUGACGCAUGUCUGUACAGUAGGCUUAGCUACAUAUAGGGCUCAUAAGUCACAACCCUCCAAAUCUUCACUCCAUCUCUCUCUAUCUCUCUCACAAACCAUCGUAACCUGAAAGAAUGGCGAAACGGAAACACCGAAGCAAAUCUUCAGAGGAGGAGAACGAAACACAAAAUGGAGAUCCAUCAAAGAAAGAGCAACACAAAUCCAAAAGGAAGAUAGAAGACGAACCCGAGUCUGGUUCUGAAUCUGAAUCGGAAGAUGGAACCAAAAAAUCCCAUGGAGGAAGCGAACACAGGAAAAGAAAAAGCAAGGAUAGAAGUCGAAGAAGCUCCAAGAGAAGAUCUCGGAGUUAUGAUUCGUAUUCUUCUUCUUCUGAGGAUGAUUAUUCGGAUACGGGGAGUUCAGGGUAUUCGGAUUCGGAGGAGAGCGAGAGGGAGGAAGAGAGGAGACGGAGAAAGAGGAGAGAAAAGGAGAAGAAACGGAGGCAGAGAAAGGAAAAAGAGAAGAAGAGGAGAAGGAAAGAGAAAGAGGGAGAGAGGAAAAAGAAGGAAAAGAAGAAGAGAGAGAAAGAAAAGGGGAAGAAAGGCGCUGUUACGAAUUCAUGGGGAAAAUAUGGGAUCAUCAGAGAAACUGAUAUGUGGAACAAACGACCAGAGUUCACUGCGUGGUUAGCCGAAGUGAAAGAGGUGAACCUUGAAAGUCUACCCAACUGGGAGGAGAAGCAAAUGUUCAAACAAUUCAUGGAGGAUCAUAACACAGCUACCUUUCCUUCUAAAAAACGAAAAAUUGAAAAGGCAAUGAAAAAAGGCUCCAAGAAAGUCCUGGGCACUGAACGUACCGUAUUUGAUGAUGAAGAACAGCGUCGGCAAGAACUGCUGCGGGAACGUGAGAAACAUAAGGAAGAACAGAUUGAAGCAUUAAAGCGCUCCAUGCAGAGUGGAAUGGCUCAAGCUAUGAAAGAGCAAGCUCUACUGAGGGAAGAAAUGGCAUUACAGUACAAACUCGGCAACUUUGAGGCUGCAGCUGCCAUCCAGAAAAGAUUGGACCCAGAUGUUGCCAUGUAAACGGAGUUCCAUGAUUGACAAUGAGCAGGUUUCAUGCAUCGAAGGCGAACUAUAUUAGGUGUUUUUAAUGAUGUCCAAUUUAUCGCUAUAAUUCCCAUGCUAUCAUUUUUGUAGAUCUAUAGAAUUGGGUUAUUAGAAACUUAGAAUAACUUUUGUACAAUUUAUCAAAGCUAUAAUGUUUCUGCGUACUAUUUUUUGGAAGUUGCUCUUGU